AUGCAGAUCAAGAAAAGAGGAGGAAAGAUCACAUGUCUGAUCAUAUAUGUAGACGACAUGAUCAUUACUGGAGAUGAUGAAGAGGAGAUAGUCGAACUAAGGAAGAACUUAUUCCAUGAGUUUGAGAUGAAGGAUCUUGGUCUCCUUAAGUACUUCUUGGGGAUAGAGGUGCUAAGGUCAAAGAAGGGAAUCUUCAUAAAUCAGAGGAAAUAUAUACUUGACUUGUUGGCCGAGAUAGGGAUGAUCGAUUAUAGUGGAAGGAGUAAAGCCGACCAACAGGGAGACAUAUCAGAGGUUGUCGGGAAACUUAUCUAUUUAUCUCACACAAGGCCAGAUAUUGCGUACGCAGUUGGAGUAGUGAGUCAGUCUAUGCAUGCACCGCAAGAAGCACAUUGGGAAGCGGUUUUGAGAAUCGUUCGGUAUCUGAAAGGAACAGCUAAACAUGGACUUAUGUUUGAGAAGCAUGGACACAUGGAGAUACAUGGUUUCACCGAUGCUGACUAG